AUGUUAAAGUAUCAGGUAAGGCAGUCAAAAUCUUGUCAUCAACGAGAGGCUCAACAAAACUGUACGGCAUUUCCAACAUCGAUCAUCAACAAACCGUCAUGUUCCGGUCAAAAUUCUAUCCAACUACGAAACCGUUCUAAUUCAUUAACAUCACUGAGCUCAGUGGAUAGCAGCGAAUCCAGCGAAUGGGGUACUCUCAAGAUAUAUACUGGUAAAAUUAACGCCGAUACUGACUAUAAAACGUUGAAAAUAUCGACAAGCCAUACAGCUAAGAAUGUUAUCGACACAAUCCUCGGCAAGUUUAGGACAUCGUGUCGAGAUCCUAAUCUAUUUGAAAUCUUCAUGGAAGUUCGAACCAAAAUUAAUGGAGACGAAGUGAAGAGUCUUCUUUUGUUGAGUCCCGAUGCUCGUCCGCUAGAGUUACAACGAUGUCAUCCGGCGCAGAUGUCACGGUUUUUUCUGUCAAUGUCAGAAGGCGGCGUUUUAGUCAGGAUAUACGACUAUUUAAUCAGCCCACAGAGUAAUUAUAAAUCGUUGCUGCUUUCAUUGCGAACUACCUGUUACGAGGCAAUAGCACUGCUGUUGACGAUGAAUCGGAAUAAUGGUAAUCCGAAUGACUUUCGGUUGUGUAUCUCGAGUGCAAAUCGAGAACUGCAGAUGGACGAUACAGUAGCCGACCUGUACAAAGCACUUCAUGGUGACCACAAAAUUUUAAUUCGUCAUGCAUCUUGA